AUUCCAGCUGGCCGCACCACCACUGCAUGCGCCUCGCACAUGCAGGCGGUGAACGAAGUGCCCCUGGCGCACCUAGCGGCACGCUACAGUGACGGCGAAGACGACGGGGAGACGCAGCAGGCAUGCGCGCCCGCCACGCAGCAGGCAGGCGUGGGGCCGCCGCCGCCACGAGCGGCGGCGGCGCCCGCCGCCGCCAGCGCCGAAGUAGAGGCGGUCAGCGGCAGCGAAGAGGAUGAGGAGUGGGAGGACGAGGACUGGGACAGCGAGGAUGAGGAGCUGGCUUCGGCGAUGGAGUGGGCAGACCUGCGGGAGGUGCAACAGGCGCGCGGCAACAGCGGCGGCACGAUGACGCUGCCGGGGCACCGCCCCAACGCGCACGGCGGCGCGCUCAACCGCCCGCAGCACACCAAGCUGCUGCCCACGGCGGGCAACAUGGGGCGCCUGGACACACACUUCAACGCAGGGGCGGUACAGCUGCGGGACGAUCUGCUGGACACGCUGGGCGGCUACGCCGGCAGCGCCGGCUCGGCCGUGCACAACCAAGUGCGGGCGGCGCACAGCGGCAAGGCCGCCACCGCCGCCGCCACGCGCAGCAAGGACCGCAGCGACCGCGCCACAGUGGAGCAAGUGCUGGACCCCCGCACCCGCAUGGUCCUGUUCAAGAUGCUCAACCGCGGCGUGUUUGCCGAGAUCAACGGCUGCGUGUCGACGGGCAAGGAGGCCAACGUGUACCACGCCAGCGGAGCGCCACCUGGCAGCGCUGAGCUGGCCAUCAAGGUCUACAAGACCGCCAUCCUGGUGUUCAAGGACAGGGACAGGUACGUGGUGGGCGACUCCCGCUUCCAGCGCUACUGCAAGUCCAACCCGCGCAAGAUGGUGAAGCUGUGGGCGGAGAAGGAGAUGCGAAACCUGGCGCGCCUGCACGCGGCGGGCAUACUGUGCCCCAAGCCGCUGCAGCUGCGCCUGCACGUCCUGGUGAUGGAGUUCAUUGGUGAGAACGGGGUGGCGGCGCCGCGGCUCAAGGAUGCGGGGCUGCCCCCGGCCCGCAUGCGGCAGGCAUACACGGACAUGGUGGUGAUGGUGCGCACCCUGUACCAGAAGUGCCGUCUGGUGCAUGCAGACCUGUCGGAGUACAAUGUGCUGGUGCACAAGAACGAGCUGUACUGCAUAGAUGUCAGCCAGGCAGUGGAGCUGGAUCACCCGCGCGCCUUUGACUUCCUGCGGGAGGACUGCCUGCACGUCAACGAUUUCUUCCGCCGCGCGGGCGUGGCCACGCUGACUGUGCGGGAGCUGUUUGACUUUGUGGUGGACCCGGGCAUACAGGAGGGGGCGGGCAUAGAUGCGGAGCUGGACCGGCUGAUGGAGCUGGCCUGCAGCCGCCCCGCCACCAUGAGUGCUGAGCAGGAGGUGGCGGAUGCUGUGUUUGCCCAGGCCUACAUCCCUAAGAAGCUGGAUGAGGUGGCCAACCCGGAGCGGGACCAUGCCCGCCUGGCGGCCGGCACGGACACAGAGGGUAUCUACUAUCAAGCGCUGGCGGGCAUGAAGCAAGACAUGAGCGGGGCCCGCGCGGCACCAGCGGCCGGCAGCAGCAGGCAGCAGCAGGCAGCCGCGCCGCCCUCAGCGGCAGCAGCAGUGCAGCAGCCGGGGCAGCAGCAGCAGCAGCAGCAGCAGCAGCAGCAGCAGCAGCGGGGAGCGGGGCCAGCGGCCAGCCAGGGUGACGGCGCCGCCGUCGCGGCGGCGGCGCUGCCCUCGGGCCUGAGCGACGCAGGCGACGGGGACUGCGGGGCAGGUAGCGACGGAGAGGCCUCUGCGGCGUCACCGCUGUCUGCCGCUGCAGCAGCAGCAGCAGCAGCGGCCCCAAAGAAGAAGCGGGUCACAUUUGCGGAUGAGCUGUCUGGCAGCGAGAGCAGCGAGGGCGAGGGGGAGUGGGAGGAGCGGCCCAAGCUGAGCCGGGACCAGAUCCGGGAGGCGCGGCGGGAGCACAAGAAGGAGACCAAGGCGGCCAACCAGGAGCGGCGCAAGCAGAAGAUGCCCAAGCACGUGAAGAAGCGGGCGGUCAGCAAGGGCAAGGCCAAGAAGUGAGGGGCGCGGCGCGGGCCAGCCCUCUGGCGGCUCCCGAGGCCUCCUGUCUGUUGGCCACUGGGUGGCACCCUGUUGUGUCGAUCUCUUGCUGUGGCUGCCAACCUGACUCUCUAGCUCGUCGCUUGACACAUGGGCACAACAGAAGCAGGGCACAACAGAUGCCGGGGGAUGCUCCUAGUGGAAAAAACAAGGGGGAAAGAGAGAGCCAUGCAAGGGCCAUCCAUCCACACAGACGGAUGGGCACUUGGGGAAGAAGUUGGAAAGGAAAAAAUCCUCAAGUGGACGCAGGAGUGGAUCCUUUGAAUGCUGUGCACACACUCGGGGCGUGGCAGGGUUGGUGGGACUUGCAGGGCGGGAGUGCUGACAAUGUGCGGGUGUUUCAGGUCUUGGGACAGGCAUUAAGGGCAUGCAUGGGAGCAGGUCGACCCCAUUUUGAGGGCAACAGGCGGUGUCAGGCGAUCAAGGGAAUGGCUCGGCAGGCGUGAAUCAAACUGUUGACGUCGCUGUAGCGGCUGGCCAGGCGCCGGCCGACAGCCCCAGCGCGCAGGCGGUGGGAAACAAAAUGGAAACACACACAGGUGCACAGGGGGUCCUGUAGGUUGCUGCCAAGGAGGCGCCUGCGGCGCGCAGCCCGGCUCUGGGCAGCUGCACCGUCAGAAAGCACUCGGGACAUGAGGCAACACGGCUGUCGCGGCACACGAUUCGCGAGCCCUGGGCAUCAGGCAUCGUCGUUGCUGGUGGCGGAACGGCGGGUGCCCGCAGCCCCGCACGCCU